CUCUUUCUUUCAUUUAUUUUUUUUCCCCUCUCCCUUAUCGUCUUCCUGUUUGUCCCCUCCCUAACUAUUACCUUCCACUUCUCAUUGUUUAUCAUAUCAUUUCCUUCCUUCCUUGCUUCACCUUCAAUCUUCUAUCACCACCGUUUCUCACGCAUUUCCCACCUCCCCCACCGCUUCAAGAACUACGAGGAAUAUGAAUGGGAUUUCUACCAUCUCCGAGCUCGAACAAGAAGAAUUGCUUCUCAAAUUGGAGGUCUUCAAGAUCAAAGGCAAAGAUAAGCAGGGCCGCAAGAUCCUCCGCAUUAUUGGCAAAUUCUUCCCCGCACGAUUCGUGAGCCUAGAUGUUGUGAGAAAGUAUCUGGAGGAGAGGAUAUUCCCAAAGCUGGAGAAGAGAAAGUUUUCGGUCGUGUACGUGCACAGCGGGGUUGACCGGUGCGAGAAUUUUCCGGGAAUCUCGGCUCUGAGAUCGAUCUACGAGGCGAUUCCGAUGAAUGUGAAGGAGAACCUGGAGGCUGUUUAUUUCAUACACCCGGGUCUUCAGUCGCGGCUUUUUCUGGCCACCUUCGGUCGCUUUCUCUUCACCCCAGGGUUAUACGGCAAAUUGAGGUACGUGAGCAGGCUUGGUUACCUGUGGGAGCACGUGAAGCGGAACGAAGUGGAUCUGCCGGAGUAUGUGUACGAUCACGAUGAAGAUUUGGAGUAUCGUCCGUUUAUGGAUUAUGGCUUGGAGAGCGACCACCGUGCUUCCGCCUCCCUCGAUUCCCCCCUUUCUACCUACUCCAUGAGGUGCAUCUCUUAGAAAUUUCCUCCCGCCUUCCCUUCUCUCUGUUGGGCCGGGCCCCACCGGCACCAACUAGAUGUUAAUAUUCUGCCCGAAAAAGGCGAUUAGAUUUCCCGGCCUUUUUCUUCUUUUGUGAAUUCUUCUCUCUCCUGUUUUUACCCGAAAGCUUUUUGUGAGCUUUAAUGAAUGAAAUGGUUGAAUGUCAGAUAUGUUUGGUCUGCCAGCUACUAUCGGUGAGAGAUCCUUCUUUUAUUUGUCUGUAUAUUUAUUCUUCAGCAUUUUCAGUUUCUUGGAAAUCUGAAACGUGUAAAAAUGGAGUUCAACGCGCCACCACCCUGCGCUUCGAAUGUAAA